CUCAACCUGCGGCCCGCGGGCCGCAUGUGGCCCGCCGGGCCUUUAUCAGUGGCCCGCGUACACUCAGAGAUAAUUGUAUACUAUUUUGAAUUUCGCGCCCAUUCGCGACGCGUCGGCGAAAUAGUGCACGAGCAGCAGAGAAAAACAAUAGGUAACUAGAUAGCCGGCCGCGGUCGGCGGUGCGUUCCAUCCAGUGAGUGUUUGGCAGAAAGGGAGGUCCGCGAGCGGGAAUCCCUCUUCUACGUGAGCGCGUGUCGUUCUGUUUGCCGGUUGCAACUUGUUUUGAGUUUGACUUAUUGAAGUUGUUCAGUGUUUCGUUAUUGUUUUAAUUUAAAAACAAUGUCAGGAGUAUCUUCUAAGUAUAAACGAAAGAUAUCUGAUGAAAAUAGAUUGUUUCAAGAUGAGUGGGAAACUGAAUAUUUUGUUGUGCCUAACAAAAACAGUGCAGCUACUUGUUUGAUAUGUCGUGAAAGUAUUACAUUGAAGAAAUACAAUAUUUCUCGUCAUUUUACUACAAAACAUAAUUCGUUCAACGACACGUUUCCUCCUGGAUCGUCUUUAAGAAAUGAAAAAUUGCAGUUUUUUAAGAGAUCAUUAAAUCAACAACAGAAUGUUAUGUCUGUUGCAUUGUCACAAGACUCCGCGGUAACUAAGGCAUCAUACGAAAUUUGUUACAUUCUUGAUGGCUGUCCUUCAAUGACUGGGUCCGAAAAUGGAUUUAUUGCGUUGUUUAAGAAAAAAUAUAAUUUAACUAAUUUAGUGACAUUUCACUGCUUUAUCCAUCAAGAAAACUUGAUCGCGCGUGCUGUGAAUCCCGAUUUAGAAGCAGUAAUGAAGACAGUAAUCAAUAUUGUCAAUUAUAUACGAGCAAAAGAAUUGAACCACAGAAAAUUUACAAGUCUUUUGGAAGAAUUAAAAAGCGAGUAUAGCGACGUCCUUUUACAUACCUCGGUGCGAUGGCUUAGUAGAGGAAAAGUUUUGGAAAGGUUUUUUUCUUUACGCCAUGAAAUAAUGCUUUUUUUAGACCAAAAUAAUAAAAUUUACCCUGAAUUACAACAGGAUGAAUGGUGGUGUCUUUUAGCUUUUCUUUGUGAUAUCACAGAAAAAUUAAAUAAUGUGAAUCAGAGUUUGCAAGGUAAGGAUAAGAUAGUCUCCAAUAUGGCCAAUACAGUAUUUGCUUUUGAAGAAAAGAUAAGUAUUUUUUAUAAAGAAUUACAGAACAAAAAUCUGCAAAAUUUUUCCACUAUGUUAAAGACCACAGAAGACCUUUCCAACAUUUCUGAGAAAAACUGUGUUAUAUUUUUGGAUUAUAUAACUGCACUGUUAAACGAGUUCCAAAAAAGAUUUCAGGAUCUAAGAAAAAUAAGAAAAUGUUUGUUACUGGUAGAAAAUCCAUGGCAUUUAGAAACAACAACUAUUGGUGAGUUGGCUUCAGUUUUAAACUGUAAUUAUUCACAGUUGUUUGAUGAAUUCAUCGAUUUUAAAAAUGACACCAACCUAGAAGUUCUGUUUAAAGAAAAAAGGGAAAACAAAGAAUAUGUAGAAUUUUGGAGCAUUGUUCCCCAAAAAUAUAAAAUGGUUCAGAGAAGUGCCCAAACCUUAUUAACAUUUUUUGGGUCUACGUACCUGUGUGAGUCGUCAUUCUCAAAAAUGAAAUACAUAAAGAACUUGUAUAGGAACAAACUUACAGAUUCUCACCUGGAUGAUGUAAUAAGGUUAGCGUGCAGCGACAAGCCAGAUCUGGACAAAGUAAUGAAAAAGCGUUCACAGUUUCAAACAUCACAUUGAAUGAUUUACAUCUGUUAUUACUAUUUUUCAAAAUUUUAGUUUCUGUCUUAUCGUUAUCUUGGCUAAUAUUUUUAAUUUUAUUGUAACUACCUUCACUUUCUCGACCAUUAAAGUAAUUUUGGAAAACUAAUUCUUUUUACUCCUAAAUUAUUUCUGCUUGCGGCCCGCGACAUCAUGACUAAACCGUGUUUGUGGCCCGUAUAAAA